AUUCCCAUUCAUCCCCAUAUCGUCUUUCAAACCACACAACAAUACCCAACCAAAUCAUGUCUGACUACAACAACCGUGACUAUGAUGAGAACGCUGCUCGCUUCGCUGGUGAGGCUGUAGGCAGAGCUGAGGGCUCCUACGACCGUGCAGACCAAGCCUUCGACCGCCAGGAACAAAGGAUCGGCGACUCCUUCCGCCGUGACGAACAAGCAGUCGAGAAUGCACCAGAGAACAUGGCCCGCUAUGCCGAACAAGGCUUCAACAACACAGUCCAAGGCGUCGAGAACAUUCCCUCAGAUAUCGGUGCAGGCCUUCGCGGUGCCGCAAACUGGAUUGGCGAGAAGAUUGGCGGUGUGGAGAAUGAGGGGAGACGUGCCGAGCAGAACGUUGAGAACAGAUACGAUCAAGCCGAGCAAGGGGUUGAGAACCGCUACAACGACGCCGAGCAGGAUGUUGACCACUUCGGUCAGAAUGCGAAGAACAGAUACAAUGAUGCUGAGCAGGAUGUUGAUCGCUUCAACCAGGGCAUUGAGAACUCAUACGAUCAGGGCGAGCAGCAGGGAAGACAGCAGGGCUGGUAAACGUCCGCAACAAUCAGGGUGUCAUUGACGAUUGUGAGGCGUGAUAACCUCGGAACUUAUCACUACGAGUGUAUCAUUCACAAUCCAACAACUGCAUUGUAGCAGCUGUUCUCAAGCAUUCGGAUCGAUGCGUACAAUGGUCGGUGUUUUGUCGCAAGAACAAAGAGAAGCGUCAUGUGAAGCGUGUACCUUCCGAGUGCGUCUGUGGUCCAAGCUCAAGCUUUCAUGUUACCAUUUCCACCUUCCU